UGGUGGUUUUUUUUUUCCCGUAGUAGUGUAGGGUUUCAGAUCAGGAUAAUGGAAUCAUCGAUAGAUUCGAGUUGUGCCUCUGUAGAGUAAGUGUGAUCUAGUUUGCGUGAGCAAUUACUGAAUGGCAGAUAGGGUUUUCUGUAUCGAGUGUCCAGAAUGCUUCGGUUAAGGAAAUUUAUUUUCUGUUGUUAGCGUAUACCUUACUCUUUAGCUAUGAGAUCCUUGAUCUAGUGCUAUUGCGAGAGGCGAGGAUGAUCGGUCGUGGUUUUCGUUUACAACACUGAUUAGGAGGAAUUGUGAUUCUUAAAAUCAAUUCAGAGAUUUUGUUGUCUGCAAAAUGGCGACAGCCAAGCAUGUGCAGCUCACAACUGUGGAUCUUGACGCAAAUUUAUUGGUAUCGAAAGGUAGCAUCGAAAAUUUGCCUCUACUGAAUAAGGUUGGCAGCAAUAGCUUUAGUUUAAGUGAUGCUUCGCUUCAAGUGGCAGAAACGAAGAAGAGGUUAGAGGUGAGUGUGAUAGGGAUGACAUGCGCAGCAUGUUCCAGUUCUGUUGAGAAUGCGUUGGGACUAUUGAAAGGAGUAGAAUCUGCGACGGUGGCUUUGCUACAAAACCGAGCUGUAGUAGUGUAUGAUUCCGCUAUUGUUAAUGAGGAUGAUAUCAAAGAAGCCAUUGAAGACGCAGGGUUCGAUGCAGAAAUUUUGACAAGCACACCAAUUUUUUCGAUUCAAUCUAAAGCCGAUGCCCCGGUCGCAAACAUUGUUGGCCAGUUCCGAAUCCAAGGCAUGACAUGUGCUAAUUGUGUGAAUUCCGUCGAGAGUGUUCUGACCGGCUUGAAAGGAGUUGUUCGCGCAUCCGUUGCUCUUGUGACUGAAACAGGGGAGGUAGAGUAUGAUCCGAGGCUCAUCAACCGGGAAGAUAUUAUAGAAGCAAUCGAAGAUGCAGGGUUUGACGCGACGUUGAUGGAAAGUGGCCAGAGAGAUACAAUCAAGUUUGAUGUAGUAGGAAUGUUCUCUGCUAUGGAGAAGGCUAGCGUGGAAUCAAUAUUGCGCUCCUUGGAAGGUAUAAAAGAAAUUAAGGUUGAUCCUCUGACAGAAAAUGUCGAAGUCUCGAUCGAUCCUGAGGUUAUCGGAUUGCGUGCUAUUGUGGGCGCGGUUGAAGCCACCGGCGAUUAUAAGGUCAUUCUUUCCAAUCAGUAUACGACACAAUCUUCCGAGAAUAUUAACGAGGUCGGGCGUAUGUUCCAGUUAUUUCUUUGGAGCUGUUUGUUCAGUAUCCCGGUGGUAUUUAUUGGUGUGAUAUGUCCUCACAUCUGGGCUAUGCAGCUCCUUCUUCUCGUUAAGUGUGGCCCCUUUUUACUUUCGGAUUGGCUGAAGUGGGCGCUUGUUACACCAGUUCAGUUUGUCUUGGGGUCCCGGUUCUAUGUCGGAGCUUACAAGUCAUUGCGUCGGAAGUCGGCCAAUAUGGAUGUGCUUGUGGCUUUGGGCACGACUGCUGCGUAUGUGUAUUCUGUCUGUGCCUUGUUUUACGGGGCGGCCACUGGAAUGCAGCUGCCGACGUACUUCGAGACAAGUGCUAUGCUCAUAACUUUUGUGCUUUUAGGAAAGUAUUUGGAAGUGCUUGCGAAGGGCAAAACCUCGGAGGCUAUCGGGAAACUUUUGCAGCUUGCACCCACGACUGCGGUGCUUCUCACUUUUGAUUCGUCUGGCAAGGUGAUCGCUGAGAAUGAGAUCGAUGCUCAGUUGAUUCAGAGAGGCGAUGUGCUGAAAGUUUUGCCGGGGGCAAAAGUGCCGGCGGAUGGGGCUUGCACAUGGGGGGAGAGCCAUGUGAACGAGAGCAUGAUUACCGGUGAGGCGGCACCGGUUGCCAAAGGAGUUGGUGACGCUUUGAUUGGUGGGACCAUGAAUUCUAACGGUGUUCUGCACAUUCGUGCAAUGCGGGUUGGUCGUGACACUGCUCUUGCGCAAAUUGUGAACCUCGUAGAGACCGCACAGAUGUCCAAAGCUCCGAUUCAAAAGUUUGCGGAUUAUGUAGCUAGUGUUUUUGUUCCGGUGGUGGUUUCGCUGGCUGCUCUCACGUUUGUGGUGUGGUUUGUUGCUGGCGAAUGUGGAGCGUAUCCUGACUCCUGGCUUCCCACCGAUGGCAAUCAUUUUGUGCUGGCGCUCAUGUUCGCCAUAUCAGUGACUGUCAUAGCCUGUCCUUGUGCUCUUGGGCUUGCGACGCCAACUGCCGUCAUGGUUGCCACUGGAAUUGGAGCGAACCACGGAAUUUUGAUUAAGGGGGGCGAUGCUUUGGAGCGUGCUUGCCUAGUCCAAUGUGUUGUUUUUGACAAGACGGGCACGUUGACAAAGGGCAAGCCCUUAGUAACACACCAGACGGUGAAGAUCUUCAGCAAGACCCCCCUGGCUCAAUUUCUCACCAUAGUUGCUUCCGCAGAGGCAGGCAGUGAGCAUCCAUUGGCAAAAGCAUUAGUGGACUAUGCUCACAACCAUUUAGUGUUCACUGAGCCACUGACGCCGAGAUCAGCAGAUAUGCCUAAAAAUAGAGAUUUGAGUUGGAUGAAGGAAGCAUCAGGAUUUGAAAACAUGCCUGGUGAGGGCGUGCGUUGCACGGUUGAUGGAAUAUCCGUAUUGAUUGGCAACCGGAACCUGAUGCGAAAGUUCGGAGUUAACCUCUCCGAGGAGGUGGAAAGCUACUUGCAACAAACCGAGGACCGAGCUGGCACGGGAAUUCUUGUUGCGUUUGACGGCACUAUUGCUGGUGUUAUGGGCAUUUCAGACCCUUUGAAGCCAGAGGCAGCCCUCGUGGUGGAGGGACUUCAGCGCAUGGGCAUUCGAUGCAUCAUGGUGACUGGAGACAACCGGAGCACUGCGAGGUCAGUUGCACACAUGGUGGGGAUUGACGAAGUGUUUGCUGAAGUGCUCCCAGGUGGGAAAGCUGAUAUGAUAAACCAGCUUCAGUCUGAUGGCACUGUUGUAGCCAUGGUCGGCGACGGUGUGAAUGACUCUCCAGCUCUUGCGGCCGCAGAUGUUGGCAUUGCGAUUGGAGCAGGCACAGACAUUGCCAUCGAGGCAGCUGAUUACGUGUUGAUGCGAAACAGUUUGGAGGAUGUCAUUACAGCAAUAGAUUUGUCGAGAAAAACUUUUUCUCGGAUUAGAUUGAAUUACACAUUCGCAAUGGGGUACAAUGUGCUAGCAAUUCCUGUUGCUGCGGGAGUGUUCUUUCCUUGGUUUGGGCUCAGCCUACCUCCCUGGGCUGCCGGUGCUGCCAUGGCAUCCUCGUCAGUUUCAGUUGUUUGUUCCUCCCUUUGGUUGAGGAAUUACAUAAGACCUCGGCUUACUGAGUUGUUGCAGGUCAAGGUUCAGCGAUAGUAGCGAUAGUUGCUGUUCCCUUAUAUGUCCAUUCAUGUCUAUUCAUUCUUUUUUGUAAGAUAUCAAUUGCAUUAGUACCAAAGUCCUGCUGUUUAGUCA